AUGGACCUGCGAGCGGAGCUGCUGAAGUCCAUCUGGUACGCCUUCACCGCCCUGGACGUGGAGAAGAGCGGCAAGGUCUCCAAAUCCCAGCUCAAAGUGCUGUCUCACAACCUGUACACGGUGCUGUGCAUCCCCCACGAUCCCGUGGCGCUGGAAGAGCAUUUCCGCGAUGACGACGACGGGCCGGUGUCCAGCCAGGGCUACAUGCCGUACCUCAACAAGUACAUCCUGGAUAAGGUGGAGGAAGGUGCUUUUGUCAAAGAAAACUUUGAUGAGCUCUGCUGGACCUUGACGGCGAAGAAGAAUUACAAGCCCGACCGGAAUGGGAAUAGCGUUGUAUCCCACCAAGAUGCCUUCAAGCUCUGGUGUCUCUUCAACUUUCUGUCUGAAGACAAAUACCCUCUCGUCAUGGUGCCAGAUGAGGUGGAGUACCUGCUGAAAAAGAUCUGCACGGCCAUGAACGUGGAGCUGAACUCCUGCGAGCUGGAUGACUACCUCUCCCAGGAGCCACAGGGGCAGGGGGGGCUGACGGUCUGGCAGUUCCUGGACAUGGUGAACUCGGGGCGGUUCCUGCGAGGCAUCGAGCAGGAGGCCGUCAGCAUGGCCGUGGAGGAGGUGUACCAGGAGGUCAUCGAGGAUGUGCUCAAACAGGGCUACCUCUGGAAGAAGGGCCACCUGAGGAGGAACUGGUCAGAGCGGUGGUUCACGCUGAAGCCCAGUGUCCUGUCCUACUACAUGAGCGAGGAACGGAAGGAGAAGAAGGGGAGCAUCGCACUGGACAAGCACUGCUGCGUGGAGGUACUGCCCGACCGGGAUGGGAAGAGGUGCAUGUUCUGCGUGAAGACCUCCUCCCGCACCUACGAGAUGAGCGCCUCUGACACUCGGCAGCGCCAGGAAUGGACGCUAGCCAUCCAAAUGGCCAUCCGGCUACAGGCUGAGGGCAAGAAGUCCCUGCACAAAGACCUGAAGCAGAAGCGACGGGAGCAGCGGGAGCAACGGGAACAGCGGAAGGCGGCCAAGGAGGAGGAGACGCAGCGGCUCAAGCAGCUCCAGGAGGAGAAGGAGCGGAAGCUGCAGGAGCUGGAGCUGCUCAAGGAGGCCCAGCGGCAAGCAGAGAUACUCCUGCAAGAGGAGGAGCAGCGGCGGAGGCAGCAGCACGAGGAGAUGCAGAGGACCCUGGAGAUCCAGCUGCGGGAGGCUGAGCAGGCUCGCGCCUCCAUGCAGGCAGAGAUGGUGCUGAAGGAGGCAGAGGCAGAGCGUCAGCGCAAGCGCAUCCUGGAGCUGGAGGACAUGCAGGAGCGUCUCCAGGAGGCCCUGCAGCAGGAGGUGAAAGCGCGGCAGGACGAGGAGUCCGUGAGAUACGCGCAGGCCAGGCUAUUGGCUGAAGAAGAGGAGAAGCUGAAGCAACUGAUGAAGCUGAAGGAGGAGCAAGAGGAAUAUAUCAUCAAAACUCAGCGGGAGAAGCAAGUCCUCAAGCAAGAGAUGGAGAACAAGAACAAGUGUCUGGAAGAGGCGCAGAAGCAGCUGGAAGAAGUGAGAGUGAACAGGCAGCGGGUGGACCAAGACGUCAUGGCGGCCCAGCGGAAGCUGCGACAGGCCAGCACCAACGUCAAGCACUGGAAUGUCCAGAUGAACCGACUGAUGCACCCCAUCGGGCCGGGAGACAAGCGUACAAACGUGAGCAGCGGAGGCUUCGCUGGCUACCAACCCCUCCUCUCCCAGAGAGAUUCCUCCCUCAAACUCAAGCAGAAAGUGGAGGAUAAAGGCAGUGACCCCACGAGGGACAACAGCAAGGAAAACGUGAGCAACGGUGGGAACAGCGGCGUGCCACCAUCUCCGGAUGCGGACACCAUGGCCACAGAGCCCGCCAACUAG